GUUACAUUGAAGUGUGCGGCUGAAUAAGUUACUUAACUGGCUAGUUUGGCGUUGUAAAAAUUUUCACUAGCGCAGGAAUGUCAAAGAUGUCUCUGGUUCCAAUGGUGUUCCGUGAUUGGUGGGAUGAUUUCGAUACACCAUUGCGUUCUUCCCGUCUGCUGGAUCAGCAUUUUGGCACAGGACUGCGUGCCGACGACCUGUUCUCGUCACUUUCCACUCGUACCCCAACAUCACCGCUGCUACGCUCCGGCUACUACCGACCAUGGCGCAACACUGCGCUCGCUCGACAGGACUCUGGCUCUACUCUGAACAUGGAUAAGGACAAGUACCAAAUCAUCCUGGACGUGCAGCAGUUCAUACCAGAGGAAAUCACAGUCAGAACCACCGAUAACCACAUCAUCGUCGAGGGAAAGCACGAGGAAAAACAGGACGAGCAUGGUUUUGUUUCGCGCCAUUUCACCCGUCGCUACACGUUGCCAAGUGGUCAUGACCCCAACGAUGUCGUCUCGACGCUUUCGUCCGACGGGGUACUGACCGUGACGGCGCCGAAAAAAUCACUUCCGGCUCCGAAUCCGGAACGAAGCGUUCCAAUUCAGCAGACUGGACAACCUGCAAAGGAACUACCAUCGGAGCCGAAAAUCGAACAGGUCAAAUGAAAAGUGUGUGUUGUGAUUGCAAAGGGGUUUCAGAAAUCGAAAUGCUAUUGAAUUGAUGUUUUGUAUUUUAUGUUUUCCGUCAACGAAAGUAUUAGCAGCGUUUUAUUUUGUCUGUUGUAGCUGAGCAUUUGAAUAAAGAUUUUUUUU